CUGAGUCUCAGAGUCUUUGAGUUUACGAGCUGGCGAGCUUCGUGCGGCGCUCAGGGAAAUUCGGCGGUUCAUUCGUCUGUCAGCCAGCCGCAGUCGCAGUCGCUGUUCGCAGAGUCCGCCGUUCGCAGUCCGCUCGCCAAUUUGGCCCGUUUGUGAAAAUAUUCGUAAGGCAGCCGCAGUCGCAUGCUGAGAGGAAAUAGGCGCGCUACAGAUUCCGAUUGCGAUUCUGGUUCUGGUAGUAGUACUGGUACUGGUUCUGUUUCCCUUUUCUGCUUCGGAUUCCCCAAGAACAGAAUUGGGGGGGAAAAGUAGAAGAAGGAGCAGCAGCAGCAGCAGAAGCAGCUGGAAUAAAUGAUUACAGCUGGAGAUUACAAGCGCAUUGAUUGCUGAUGGCAACGGUGCGGAUGAAUUUCGUUCCAGGAGGCCAUAACAUCGAAUAACAAUAUCUGAAUAUAUGAAUAUCUGAAUUAACAGCAGCAGAACUAAAAAACCGACCACUUGGCCGAAACAAACUAAAAAUAAUUCGAAGCCCGAGAAAUGUUAAAAAUAAAUCCAAAAGAAAUCAACGAAUAUUUUUCGGCGGCAAAACAAGGCAGCGGCAACCGCAGCAGCCGCGGUGGCAAAGAAUAUGAACAGAAUUAAGAGGCAGCCGCUUGGAGGCUAGGCUACCAAAAAAUAAAUAUUAAAAAAAAACGAAAGAAAAAAAACCCAAUCAGCGAGCAGAAGCAGCAAAAGCGAAUUUACCAACAAAAAAUAUAUCAAAAAGUAAAAUAGAAAAUAGAAAAUAGAAGCCGCACAACAGUAAAUAGCCGAAAAAAUUGUCGUCCAGCCGAGGUAGCCUCUCCAUCAGCGGCGGAGCAGGCGGAAAAGCUGCGGAAAAUCAACGGAAAAGCGAGGCCAUCAAGAGCUCGCGUGGGCGGCGUUGGCUGGCAAGGACAGCGGUUGGUCGUUGGUCGUUGGACGUCGGCCGUUGACGUUGGCAGCGCCAGUGGCAGCGGCUGAAACUGAGGCGGAUUCUGAAGCGGAGGAGCGGCGACGUUGUCGUGGCCACACGGUUUACGCUCCACGGUCCACGGGCCACUUUCGCGAAUCAAUUUCCGUUGCGGUGGCCGUUUCAGUUUUGGUUUCAACGUCGCCGGCGCCACGCGUGUCGUGAAUUCCCAAUGGCGCUUCCUCCAGUGGGUGUUUCAACCUAAAAGUGCGAUAACAAAAUACGGAUCUACCCCACACCCACACAGUGUUACGAUAAAAUAAAGAGAGAGCUACAAGCCAAAGAUAAGUUAUACAUAAUAGUAAAAUUAAAACCAGACAACGAGACUCAUGUUGUUGUGCGACGGACUUGGCCCGGAGCCACCGCGGCAAAGGCAUCGCAAUCGAACCAGUGCCGCCAGGAUAAGAAAAAGACCCAAAUGCUGCUGCGCCAACGGCGGCAGCAGCCAUCAGGCGGAGCAGCCGUCCGGCGGUGUAGUUAGCCAGCCAAUUAGUUAUGGCCAAAGUCUGACAACAUUGGCGCGGGUCACGGCGGCCGCACUGACCACGGCGGCCAUGCUGCACACAACGAAUGCCCUGGCUGCCACCGGCUCAUCCAGCUCAUCCAACUCUUCCGCCGCCGGAAUAGCACUGCCGCUGGGCACUGCCACACCUGCCACACACGAACUGAAUGCCACACAGCCGUUUGGCGGCACGGGUCUGAACUUCAACGAAAGCGGCGCUGGAUUAAGUGACCAUCAUCAUCAUCAACACAAUCCCGACGAGGAUUGGCUGGACAACAUCGUUUGGGUGUUCAAGGCCUUUGUCAUGCUGCUCAUCAUCAUUGCGGCCAUCUGCGGCAAUCUGCUUGUUAUUAUUUCUGUGAUGCGUGUUAGAAAAUUAAGAGUUAUAACGAAUUACUUUGUAGUUUCCUUAGCCAUGGCUGAUAUAAUGGUCGCUAUUAUGGCCAUGACAUUUAACUUUAGUGUGCAAGUAACUGGGCGGUGGAACUUCAGCCCCUUCCUGUGCGAUUUGUGGAACAGCCUCGACGUCUACUUCUCAACAGCGAGUAUUUUGCAUUUAUGCUGCAUAUCUGUGGAUAGAUACUAUGCGAUUGUUAAGCCCCUCAAGUAUCCGAUUAGCAUGACGAAACGCGUGGUCGGCAUUAUGCUGCUAAACACAUGGAUAUCGCCGGCACUGCUCUCGUUCUUGCCCAUCUUCAUCGGCUGGUACACCACCCCGCAGCACCAGCAGUUCGUCAUCCAGAAUCCAGAGCAGUGCUCCUUUGUGGUGAACAAGUACUACGCCGUCAUCUCGAGCUCCAUAUCGUUCUGGAUUCCCUGCACCAUCAUGAUCUUCACCUACCUGGCCAUCUUCCGGGAAGCCAAUCGGCAGGAGAAGCAGCUGAUGAUGCGCCACGGCAACGCCAUGCUGAUGCACCGACCCUCCAUGCAGCCCUCAGGCGAGGCGCUGAGCGGAUCCGGGUCGUCGAAAACAUUGACGCUGCACGAGGUCGAGCAGGAGCACACCCCCACUAAGGACAAGCACUUAAUCAAAAUGAAGCGGGAGCACAAGGCCGCACGCACGCUGGGCAUCAUCAUGGGCACCUUCAUCCUCUGCUGGCUGCCAUUCUUCCUGUGGUACACCCUCUCCAUGACCUGCGAGGUGUGCCAAGUGCCGGACAUAGUCGUCUCGAUCCUCUUCUGGAUCGGGUACUUCAACUCGACGCUCAACCCGCUGAUCUACGCCUACUUCAACCGGGACUUCCGGGAGGCGUUCCGCAACACGCUGCUCUGCCUGUUCUGCAACUGGUGGAAGGAUCGCCACCUGCCGCUGGACAUCGACAUCCGGCGCUCCAGCCUGCGCUACGACCAGCGGGCGAAGAGCGUCUACUCGGAGAGCUACCUCAACUCGACGACGCCCUCGCACCGCCGCCAGUCGCAGAUGGUGGACAACUUAUAAUACAGGGAUGAGGCGCUGCUGACCCCCAUCGCCCAGCAGCAGCAGCGGCUGGCGGCGGGCGGAUCCCGCCUGGGCGGACAAUUGGCAGCUGCCGCCAAGGAUAGCAGGGAAUCGAAGGAGGCCAGGGAUGCCAAGGAUGCGAGCAAGGGCAGGUCCAAUGUCGAUUGCAUGGCGGGCGACGAUGUGCAGGAGAUCCAGAUUGAAAUACCCAUGGAGUACAUCAACAAAUGGAACAAGAACAACAAUGCUGCCGCCUCGACGGCCUCGAGUCAUGUGUAAAUGGUGCUCGGGGAGGAUGCGAAUCAAUCGAUGGCAGCCGGAUGGGUGGAAUCAAUUUAAUGCAAUUAAAAUGUUCCAUUAAUUUGUAAAAUUAAUAUGCCGGCAAAUGCGUCGGCUGAUUUACUCGUAAUGUUGACAUUAAUCAAUCAGUGGAGCGUGCCAAUUCAUUUGCCCGUCACCUAUUUUUUUUGCCUUUUUCAUUUUGGUUUUCGUUUUCCAAACAUUUAAUCUCAAUUCGAGUUUGCCGGGUUCCUUGAGGCACAGAUCGGGACUUUGUACAGGAUAACUUAUUUAUUUAUGAUUUUGAGUCUUUUAUAUCUUGUUGUAAAUACUGAGUAUUUUUGUACGACUAAAUUAAGCACAGGUUGUAAACUCAUUUCUAUAUAUGGAUGUGUAUAUGUAUUUGUAUGUACGUACGCCAAUCGAAAAUCUGUAAGCCGUAAAGCAUUUUGCUCACGAAAAGAAAUAACCACAAAUAAAUUAUUUAAAAUGGCAAUCACUGCAACUCACUGAGCUAUGCGUGUACAUAGGGAUUCGCAAAAACGAAGAGCUGAAGCUAAAACUAAAACUAAAACUGUGCCAAUUAAGAGACCGCAAAUUAUAGACAACUACAACUACGUGAGAAGUCCUGCAAUAAAGGAGAGAUUUUCCCAGCGCGAAAAUCAACCACACCCCAACGCAAUUAGAAUCAGCGAAAAUUGAGAAAAUUUAUAGAGAUACAACAUACAAAAUUCACGGAUGCUAAAGCAAAGCUAAAACCCAAUUGUUAUUUCAACGACAAUCGCAUGAAUUGAAAAUGCUCAAAAUACCUAAAGUAAACCCUAAAACGUAUAAUCAACUAAACAUAGCGAGAAUAUAUAGUCAAACCAUAUAUGUAGGACCCAAGGCGAAUUCGGUCGAAACCAAAGCCAAAGUCCGCCUAAAUUAACCAACAUAUAGUGCAUCGAUAUCAGACUAACCAAAUUACUUGUGAGUGAGUGAGUGUGUGCGUGAAACCGAUUUCCACAACCGUUUCCAUUACAAAGUGCUAGUGUCGAGUGCAAAGGUCACGAGUGAAAGUGCUCCGGGUAAUGGGUGAUUGCGUUGCAGUUCCUGGAAUUAAGUUGACUGUGUAGCCUGUGAGGGCAAGGCUUGAGUACUGCUCCUGAAGUCAGCAACUUGAUUCCAGCAAUUGCGGCCCAAUAUUCCGCAACAAUGAAACAUCCGGAGAAGCCAUGGAAAGAAUCGGAACUUCCUCGAAUUUCGGCUAGCAAAAUGGCUAGCAAUGGCAAUGCAAAUAAGCCGAAUGAAAAAGCCAAACACGCAAACAAAGCAUUUUGUGUUCUUUGUAUAAAUAACUAACCAUAAAAUGUUAGCAACAGUUUGCAAAACUUACCGGUUUAUGAUUGUCUCUUAAUCCGCAAACCAAGCAGAAAGUCAAGAACAUUUGUCAAACAGAAAUAGUUGUUGUUUAAACGAAAUAAAUGAAGCUGUUUUUUUAUGAUUUUCCAAGCUAGUCUGAAACUAAAUAGGAAAUAAUGAUGUUGCCAUGAAUGGAAAACAAGGAAAAAGAGCCAAAGCUCAGUAUGUAUCAUAUAAAGUGUGUAUAAAUAGAUGUCUAGAUAAAUGUUAUAUUUAUAGUGUGUAACAUAUUCAUUAGAUGACUUUCCUUGAAAAGAAGAAAGCAGAGAACACAGCAGAGAAGACCGCAAACAAACCAAAUCUCCAAAGGACUUGUUAUAUUUUUAUAAGCCACAGCCCCGCAAACUAAUACUCUGUGUGUAAUUUGUAUUUGUAUUUGUAUAUUGACAUGUCUGUGUAUAUGUGUGUGCGAGUUAUUUAUUAUCAUUAUUAUUAUUAUUAUUAUUAGUACUGACAACUGAACUUUUCGUUGCAUUGUUUUGCAUUUUGCUGUGCAAUUUUCCAUGCAAAACAAAAUAGGAUGCUAACAUUAAGCCAGGCUGACAAGCAAAUGUAGCCUCGAGUGGGCGAGACAGACACGUAAAUGGCAAACUAAGCUACUAACUAAGUGAAUAUGAAAUUUAGAUGUAUUAUAAAAGCAAAAUAACAAACUUCAAGUUGGAAAACAAGCAGAAAAAGCAAAAAUAAAU